AUGUCUGUCGCAGAUAUUCCUAAGAUCGACGCAGGAAGCCUCUUCAACGUCAAUGGCCUCGUUGCCGUUGUGACUGGCGGUGGCUCAGGCCUGGGACGAAUGAUGGCUAGGGCUUUGGCGGCCAAUGGAGCCUCCAAGGUGUUUAUCAUUGGACGUCGCGAGGCUUCCUUGAACGAAACGGCCAAUUCUGUCCCGGGAAAUACCAUCGUGCCGGUGGUGGGGGAUGUUACGUCUAAGGACUCUUUACAGAAAUGCGUCGAGAGAGUCCGAGCAGAAGUUGACGCAAUUGACGUCCUCGUCGCAAAUUCGGGCAUAUCUGGUCCUUCUGUCCCGACGCUAGAUGCAAAUCGACAGCCCCUGUCCAUCGACAAGCUGGUAGACAACAUGUGGGCGCCUGAACCGGAGGCAGUGAACUCGACCUACGCCGUCAAUUUGACAGGCAUCCAUUUCACUGUUGCGGCAUUUCUGCCAUUCCUCCAUGAGGCGAACAAGAAGCGGCCACAACCACCAACAGCAGAGAACUUCAGGCCCCGGCCUCAGAUCAUCACUACGGGUUCAAUUGGUGGGUAUAAUAGGCAACCACUGUCAAGCCUCUCUUACGGCCCGAGCAAGGCUGGAGUGAUUCAUCUCACCAAACAGCUGGCCACAGUCCUAGUUCCGUACGAUAUCAGGGCCAAUAUCAUUGCUCCCGGACUCUACUAUUCCGAGAUGACAGAGACCAUGUACAAAAAUCAAGGGAGAGCGGAAGGUCACAAUGUCGAAGGCACCUUCCCCAAAGAUAUUAUCCCUGCCACCAGGAGCGGAGAUGAACAAGACAUGGCCGGAGUGAUUCUAUGGCUGUGCUCCAGGGCCGGAGCCUACAUUAACGGAUGCACUGUGGUGACUGACGGCGGUCGGCUUGGAGUUCUGCCAUCUUCUUACUGA